GCGACCCGCAGCGCUCACCGCGGUAGUCGCGGCCGCCUCGCGAUGAGUUUAGUUUUGAAAACAAGGGGCCGCCCGCCGCUCACCGUGCCAAGUCGUCGCCGCGCGGCUCGCGUGUAGACGGAGCGCUCGCUCGCUCGUUCUUGCUGCAGGCACGGCGGACAGGCGCGGGAAUCCGCGACGCACCGUGAGCAUCGUCGCGUCGUACCGCGCGCGCAUCGGGUUUGCCAGAGUUCCUCCGUCCCUCGUUGGUUGCGUUCGGUCGCCGUUAUUCACCGCGACACGCACGUACGUACGUCCGUCCGUCCGUUCGUUCCUCUCUCUUUCUCUGUCCGACUCCCUGGCUGUCUCCUCUCCGCCGUCUCCUCCCACGCCGCCCGCGUCUCUCCCUUCGUGUCGUUUGUAACGAAACGUGACCGACACGAGAGGAAAAAAAGAAGGAAGAUGGACGCCCUUCGGGAGCAGGUGAUGAUCAAUCAGUUCGUGUUAGCCGCCGGCUGUGCCAGGGAGCAGGCAAAACAACUGCUGCAGGCGGCGCAUUGGCAAUUUGAGACUGCUCUGAGCAUUUUCUUCCAAGAGGCGGCGAUACCCUCCUGCGCCCAGGGAGCCGGCACCCACUUCGGCCAAAUAACUCCGUGCAACACGCCAGCUACUCCCCCGAAUUUCCCGGACGCGCUGCUGGCGUUCUCCAAGAUGUCGGCUGGUGAAAAGACUCCGUCGGGCAUGUCCCCGAGCCAGAACGGAUUGCAGGCGAACUCGACGGGGACGACCGUGAUGCAGCAUCACGCCGCGAGCGGCCGGUGCAGCGCGUCCGGCAAUGCGACGCAGCAGCAGACGCAGCCACAGCAGACGCAAUUCGGUCUAGGCGAGCCGCAGAGAUAAAAGUGACUGUGUUAGUUGGCGACGCGCGAGCGCGAGACGUCGCGUUAGACGCGCGCGAUUACGUUUCCGGUGCGAGGAUUGUGUUGCCCGGGGCAUGGAACGAGGGAGAGACGGGAGAGAAACGCGUACGCGGGGAAGCGGCUGGACAAGAAGAGGAGGACGGGAGAGGAGGAGAGGCUCCAUUCUCACGAGGAAAACGCUCUGUCUGGAGACAGGAAGAGGAAAAGAACGCGAGAUUGCAUGCGAUGCGUCGAUUUCCUCGACGACGACGACGACGUCGCCGUUUGUUCAACGAGCAUGAGCUGUAAAGCGGGUCCUGAUCACUAGGAUACUAUCCCUCGCAGCUUCCUCUUCGUGGGAGAUCCAGUGCUGAAGGGACGCUGAAGAGUGGCUCGUUACGGUCGGUGAGAGGCCGAUGGACCGAAGAGGGGCAAGAGUUCUCCGAAAAACGCGUCAAGAUCACUCCGCAGGAAGCGAUGAGGAACAUCGAGUCCUGGUCAGUUGAGCUCGAGCGCGUUGAGAAUCGUCUCUGUCCCGGGAGCUCUGCUUCCUUGUUCCUGUACGGCGUAGACUCGCGGACGUUUCUCGGAUAUCUUGGCUGUACUCCUUGUAUCCGACUGGACGGUGAACUCUCGCUAUCACUUCCACGCCAACAGUACAAAAGAUGACUACCCGCCACGGUUUCCGCGAUUCUCGUUCCCUGCGAGGAACGAGAACCUUUCUUCGCGCUACUAGGACGGCUGACGGCAGAGCCCGAUGCGGAGCGGAGAGCAGCGAAACCGGUCGCUGUAGCGCAGACUCGGAGAUGUUCAUUUAUUCGUGGAACUUAGGUGGUUUAUUACUGAUCCUUUCGCUGUAUUUCCUCCUAAACUAGCGAUGCUUGCAAUACUCGCGUUGUUCGCGCGCGCGUUUCCGUUUCCAUACAUGUAUAGGCGUAUACCGAGUAUCUCGAUGGUAUAAAUAUUACGAGGCUAAGCUAACGAGGUAAACGAAGAUUCUAUCGUGUAAAAAUUUGUAAAAAAAGGAGAGAUUGUGAUGUACUUCAAAUUUACGUGACGUUUGUUUUACUUGUAAUAACUGAGAACAUGUGACAGGGGUAACUGACGAUGAGACAAAAAUUCGAGGAAUUCGCGAGUAACGGAACGUAAACAAAAAGAGAGAGAACAGUCCGGGAGAGAUGGGAGAGAUUGACAUCAACUAACCCGGUAUCUCUUUCCUCGGUCUCGCGAUAAAGCGGCGAGGAGUUCCUCGAUUGGAUUAUUUCGUCGACUAAAUGCACAACUAGAGAUUACGUACUGCCUGUUUUAUGCAACGCUAGACUUCACGAUAUUCACACGAAUGCUCUUGUAUGGCAGCUGGCGAUGUAACGUUAUUCGAUAUCAGUAUAUCUUUCGCGUACCUUUCGCAACAUAGACGGACGAUUAUUCGUGCUACGGACUACUUGUACUUUGUUUCCGUUAAGAUCCUAUUUAUAUUCCGCGUAGCGACGAAUUUAGUUCCCUCCAGCCCCUUCGGGGGUAGAAGUUUCUUUCUAUCUCACCACGCGUAUCAGAUAGCAAGAAGGAAUUUUUUCCGUUCUUUGCGAGCGAACAUCUAAAGUGUGUCUUUUACGGAUAUUCGUAUCUCCUCCUCUUAUUUGUAGGCGUAAAUCGUAGUCUCCAAGAGGUGUGAAGGUAACAAGGAAUUCAGAGUCCAAGCUUAACCCGAUAAUCUAAUUUCCGACGAUGCAAUAUAUAGCUGGAUCCAGUGUGUCCAGGUGUCGCAUACGGCUUUGUCACUGCGAUUACGUUUAUGUAAAUAAUAGUGGAUAUUAGUCGUAAGAGAGAGAAAGAGAGAGAAAGAGAGAGAGUGUGUGAGAGAACGAGAGUAAGAGAGUGCGAGUACGCGAUAUUUUUUCCAGUAAGGUACACGCUUUAAUACCUUCCUUUAUGUUUGUGUAACGCAUAGGCCGUGUCCGAGAUGGAGCAUAGGAGUAUUGACAAGAAGGAGGACAAGAAUGUACUACUACUAUUACUACUACUACGUUGAAAUUACGAUUAUUGUUUAUUUGACUAUUACAACGGCUAAAAUAAUAGUCACGUGUACAUAAAAAAGAAUUUUUGGAGAAUUAAAUAAAAUAUUAAUAAUGGUG